CCCAGAGUCAGUGAAGGUAAAGGAGCAGGAAUAGCGAGGAGUGACCAAAUUCCAACCUAACCUUUACCCUUAGCCACCUGACCUCUGGGAGGAAGAAGAAGGAACAGCAGGAGAAACUGGACCAUCAAAGGUGGAGUCACUAUUCGCAAUGGAGGGUCAGGGCUCUCUGUUGGAGGCAUCGGUGGAGGAAGAGGCAUUAACUGUUCUCCACUAUGAGGAGCAGAUCACAGAGUUGCUUGUUGUUAUUGCUGAGCUAAACCGGAAGAUCAACAGACUGACAAUGUCAACCAUCAGGGAGGAAGAUGAAUAUCUGGACACUUUCUCAGACCUUAGUGACACUCCAUAUCUUGAAAACAACUCGUUUCUCUGUCCAGACCUGGGUCAACCAACAGUUUCCGAUUGCCCAGGACAACCUUGUCAAAUACCAGGGAGCACUGGUGAACCGAGUGAGCUGUCACAGAAACUGCAACAGGUACUGACAGAACUGGAGGAGACAGUGCGCACUCGGAGAACAGAGAUCCCACAGCUCUGUGCUGACCCUGCUGAGGAAGAGCAGUCAGCACUGACACACUGGCAACUGGUCACUCAAGUAAGGGUCAAGAGAACUACCUCAGGGUUUGGACAGUGCGACAUUAGAUUCUGGGUUUUCACUGUUACCCAGAAUGGUUGGAGAAAGAGAAGAUUUAGAGGAGACCUUCCAAAUGUUGAAUUUAUUCUCUGUGGUAGAUUUAUAGGUUUUGUUUCCUCUUUUGACAGAGUCUGGAACAAGGAGGUUUGAAUAUAAUAUUGUCAGUCACCAUACUCUAAUC